AUAGUUCUAAUAAUGGCCCCAUUUCGAAGAAAACAGAAGAUAAAGAAUCGUAUGAUUUGGGGCGUGGCUACCUUUGAUUGACAGGUCACUAACAAGCCGUCAUCAAGAGAGAAGCAAAACAAUGCGUAUCCACGGCAACGUGUCAAUAAAGCUAUAUAUAACGUUAUAUAGAUUAAAAAUAUAUAUAAAAAAGGACGAUUAGCGGUUUGGUCUCAGUAAAAAUCUAUUAAGUAAAAAUGUCUUGUUCAGCGUUUGGUUGGACGAACUUCAAGGAGUCGCUGUUCAAAAUAAUGAACUGAGCAUGAACGUGGCACACUUCUGACAAGAAAUGGGCAGAGCCGCGCCUGCGCAGUGGAAGUGUUUGCAUCCCUCCUCCCUCUGUUACUGACAGCCCCGUUAGCUGCUGCUGCUCACCGGCAAUGAGACAGCAAACGCGGACUCGGUAAGACCUACAGACAUGGACUUGGCGGGCACUUUUUACCACUACAAAGACGGCUAUUAUCUAGACACCUUUGUCUUUUAACAACACACGCAGUUUAUUCCUCGCCAGGAUUAUUUGUGCUUCGACGACGUCCGGGAGAAGAAUUGAUGCGACGACUGAUUUCCUGCGACACACACCGGCCAGCCUGGACGCUUUCACUUUGAGGACUACCUGAGAAACUAUCCUGGACUAUAUUUACUUACCUGUGCUUGAUUGUGAUACCAAUGUCUCCAAAAUUGCCGCAAUAAGAAGAGAAUAGAUAAAUCAAGUUGUUGAGGAGAGUGUCUAAUCGCUACUGGCGACCCAGCUUUAAGCUAAGCUACGGCUAGCUGAAUUUACAUUCUUUUGUUUAUUUUAUCUGCUUAAUCAAAUCUCGUUAAGAUAACAAACACUGCAUUAUAUUAAUACUCGUAUUAAGAAGAGGGACAUCGCUUAUAAGCUAUUAUAAUUACAGCCCUGAAGCUUGUUUUUAAAGGACAUAAAUGAUCUGACUUCUCACUCAUGGCUCGGUAGUAUCGCGAUACUUCAGCUGACCCAGCCAGCUAGAUUGUAGUUAGCAGCUACUUCUCGGCCUCUAGUAACUCAUUAACGGCAAACAUGCACCACCAGGAGUUUUCUGGAGACCCGCCUAGCACCGGGAGUAGGAAAAGUGCUUUCCACUACAGGAGGGGUAGCAGCGGUGCGUCUGCCUCCUCUGCAGCCGCUGGCAGUGGAGUCAACACGGCUGAGGACAAUCCAAGCCAGGCUGGAUCCAACUCCCCCGGACUCCACCACCAGCCCCAAUCCCAAGCAGCUGGAGCUCAGGUGAAGAAGAAAAGUGGCUUCCAGAUAACAAGUGUCACCUCCGCUCAAAUCAACGUGAGCGGCAACAACAGUUUAGCAGAUGACACAGAGAGCUACGAUGAUAUGGAUGAGUCGCACACAGAAGACCUCUCCUCCUCUGACAUGCUGGAUGUUUCUGUGUCCAGAGCCACGGAUACAGGUGUGCCAGAGAGAAGCUCUUCUGAUGAGACGCUCAAUAGUCUCCAUGGGGUCGACACACCUGGGAUUGUGUCUCCCAACGAGCCUCUGCACCCUCAUUCCAUUCCUCAGGGGUCUCAGCAGCACACCUCUAUGGUAAACGGGACCAUGCACCAUCCCUAUUAUCCUCAGCAGCAGAGUCAACCCCACCAUCAUCACUCGGAUAGCUUGGGAGGAGGUGAGCAAAAUCUUCCCAUUGUACCCUUGGCUAGCUCUAGUCCAGCUAUGACAUCCAAAGGUGGGCCUAGCCAGUCACAGAGGCCACCGAUUUUGGAUAACAGUAAACCUACAGGUGGGUCAACCCAACAAUUAGCCCCUAAUGUUGGUGGGACAAUCGCUGAUCCACAACUACAAGGCAAUGUGAACGUUUCUAACGUGUCUGCUCCUCCUUCAGGGCCUGCAGGUUUUGACAACACUAAUGUUAGUGGGCAAGUAGCUUCGGUUGGAGGAGGGACAGGCUCGUCUGCUGCUGCUGCUGCCCCCAACACUCAAACCCAGCACACCCAAACUCAAGCAGCUACCGGCUCUCGUUUUAGGGUGGUCAAACUAGACACUAACUCUGAGCCAUUCCGCAAAGGACGAUGGACAUGUACAGAGUAUUAUGAAAAGGAGGUUCCUCCUCCAACUACGUCCGAAGCACCAAAAGGUGUAGAAUUGGUUGGAGAGCCAGAUGCAGCUAAUGCUGGGAUUAGUCAGGGUGUGGCUUCUGUGCAGCCCCCUCACACGCUUCAGCCCUAUCAACCUCCGAGCCAGGAUUUCACGAGUCCACAAGCCAUGCAGAGCCCACCACAGGGACUGGCCCAAACUACUACUCUGACCUAUGUUUCACCACAGGAGGCUGUUGGUGGGGCCCACAUGCAGCAACCUGUGGCUCCUGUCACUCUCCCUACAGCAGCACCACAAACCGGUGUAAAUCAGCCUCCUGUAAUACCCCAGCAGCUGCCCUAUCCUGUGGAUCCCCACCAGGGAGGUUACCCUGCACCCCAGUUCCACGCUGGGGUCAUGGCCUCGGGAAGUGUCAGACAGCCAGACUUCAUCCAGCCAACUGCUCCCUUCCAGACCCAAGUCCAGCCUCCGCUUCCCCAUGUCACAACGGGGAUGUCCAUCCCAACAGUUCCAGGGGUCACAUCACAGCCAGCCAUCAGCAUUACUCAGCAGCUGCCCCAUCAAGGUCAGGUGGCCCGACCUGCCCCGGCAACUUUCGCAGCUCAUCCUCCCUCUGCUGCUACAGCGCCCACCCAAGGGACCCACUACAUGCCUUUGACUGCCCUUCAAGCUGACCUCCAGCCUCUCCUCACCCUGGGUGCCACCCUCACUCAGGCUCCUGGAGGAGGGAGCUCCGUAAGAGCGUCCCAGCUGGAGGACGCCCAGAAGCUUCUGUUCCAGCACCAAGGCCUGUUGGGUCUGCCCAGACUAGGGGUGGCAGCAGGUGGGGAGGGGGCAGCAGAGGCUGCUGGGACGCUGGCCCACAUGGGGAUGUCUGCUGAGGCCAGCGCCUUCAUGGCCGCCGCUGCUGCAGGUCUCAGGACUCAGCAUGGUGAAGGAGAGGAGGACAGCUCUUCCGGUGCAAGUGUUGUGGCCAUUGACAACAAGAUUGAACAAGCAAUGGACCUGGUGAAGAGUCACCUGAUGUACGCCGUGCGCGAGGAGGUGGAGGUGUUGAAGGAGCAGAUCAAAGAGCUGAUCGAGCGCAACUCUCAGCUGGAGCAGGAGAACAACCUGCUGAAGAACCUGGCCAGCCCCGAGCAGAUGGCUCAGUUCCAGGCGCAGGUCCAGACCGGCGGCUCCCCGACCGCCACCGGCCAGCCGCCGCUCCCCAUCCCCGCCGGGACGCAGAUCCUUCCCUCCGCACAGAACUCGGGCACGUCUGCGUAACACAGAAAGUAGAGCCCCCUCGUGAUGAAAGACAGAGGGGAUGGAAGAAAGAAGAAGAGGAGGAGGAGGAGGAGGGAGGAGUCUUGCCAUACUGUGAACUGACUCUAGCAACAAGACCGACUAUGCCACCGCCUCGUGGAGUGCACACUUUUAACCAGACAAACUUUUCUUUUGUUGCACAUUAAAUUAAAGACUACGGAGUUGCACCGGUGUCCGCUUUUAUUACCUGCUUCAGACAAUCUUCAUCGCCGUGACGAUUAAGGAAAAGGACAGCGCCGGUCCAGCAGAAGGGGCCGGCCAAUCAAGGGACACCACACGCUCGCCAGUGUCCAAUCCCUCGCCUCGGUGUCAGCGUGUCACCUGAAAGUGUGCCAUCGUCUUAUUUCGCCCCCCUUUCUCAACCCCCCCGCACUCUCCAUCAGCACACGAUUUUUUACUCAUCUUGUUUUUUUAAGUACUGUGGUCCUGCACUUUUUUUCAGACGGCAUUAAAAGGGACGACCGCAACCCCCAUCUGGAAUGGGAGUCAUUUUUCUUUACCCGAAGAGUCGACAGGGAGGUUCUAAAGAAAUAAUAUAUAUUAGCCGCGCCUCAUCGCUCACUUCGAGAACUCUUUGUUCUUCUCCGAGGUUCACGUUGCCGUCCCCGCCCCUCGGCGCACUCUCCCUGCUCUUAGACGGAGCAUUAAACAUUAACGCAGGGAAUCAUUUUGGUUUUUUUUAGGGAAAGGUUUUUUUCUGUUGUUGAUGUAAUUAAUGUCCUGUUAAAAAAAUUUGAUGGAAAGGCAAAUAAGUAGGACAUGACUGUUUAUAGGUAGUGAACUUUGUACAAAAAUUUCCAAUUCAACUCUGCCAAGUGCCUGGUUUCUAACCAUAGAUACAUAUAUAAAGCUUUUUUAGUUGUCUUAUUCAAUAUGUAAAUAUAUAUAUGUGUGUGUAUAUAUAUAUCUAUGGUUUUGCCAGGUUUUGAACUACCUGUGAUGUCAUUCCUCAGGGCGGGAACACAAAGAGGAUUAUUUACCUCGACACUAAGAUGCUGUCUCUCCUGCAGUGACACACGGCCUCGUACUGUAUGUGAACUCUCCUCAGCUGUCGCUUAACUCACAAAUGAUCUGGACUAUUUUACCGUUUGGGACGUGUUUGAUGUUGUUUUUUUUUCAUGAAUGACAAUGGGGUUUUUUUUGUCUUUUUUUUUUUUGUACAGCCAAGUGUUUUGAGUUGCUCGCUGUGCAACUGGAGCGCUAAACACAAUAAUGAGACACUUGGCAAGAAAAAAAAGGAAAAUGCCUAGCAGAAGUAUGUCGAUGUUUUGUGCAUGUUCCUCAGCCCAUCACAAAUGUGACGUUACAAUUGCACUAGACAGUUGCACCUCAAAUAAAAAAUUAAAACUAAAGUAAGAAGUG